AUGUCCUACUACGAUGUAGACGCCAUCCUCACUGACUCCGAAAAGGUCCCGUGCAAGUUCGAGCUCGAGAUCGCCCAGCUCGGCUAUCUCGACAACGACCCGGCCCAGCCGCUGAAGACCGGCACCACCGUCGGUCUCCCGCUAUGGCUGGCUGAACUGCUGGCUCUCGCCAACCGCGCCCCCAGCAGCUCCGAUGAAGACGCAAAGUCAUUCGUCUCCCUGAACCUGCCGCCCGCCCUGUCCAACGAGGUCAUGUCCGCCCUCAAGGCCGACCCUCGCGCCGUGCCCCUCCGCGACCAGUCACACAACUUCUACGGCCUGGGCACGCGCAUGCUGGACCUGUUCGAGGAGGCCGAGAUAUGCGCCAUCCUGCGCAAGACCUUCGUCACGCGCGCUGCCGACAUCGCCCUCCACGCGCGGAAGGCUGGUGGCGCUGAAGACCUGGGCGCCAUAGCGGGCGAGGACUUUGUGAGGGGUAUGGAGGAGUGGGAGAGGCUGUUAUUUAAGAAUGCCCACGACGGAGUCAAGGGUACCAAGGCGUGGAUGGAGGGCGUCAAGAAGCACUGA